GCCGCCGCGCGGCGGGCCGCCGAAGCCUCCGCCGCCGCCGUAGCCGCCGCCACCAUACCCACCGCCGCCCUGGCCCUCGCCGUAGCGCUGGCCGCCGCCGUAGGGCACCGCGUAGCCGCCCCCGCCGCCGCCGUAGCCGCCGCCGCCGCCAUAGCCGCCGCCGCCGUAGUUGCCUCCUCCUCCGUAGUUGCCGCCGCCGCCGCCGUACUGGCCGCCGCCAUAACCACCGCCGCCGCCGCCUGCGAGGGAAGAGAGUGUUAUAAUGCUGCUGUGUCUCGACGCGCGCGACGCGCCCCGCGCUGGGAUUGCGCUGGGAGCGAUUGAGAAACAGGCGCUGGGAGUAUACCGUAGCGAUCGCCACCUCCCCCACCGUACGAGCCUCCGUAAUCGCCCAUGAUCAGUAAGGUGCUGUGUGCAAACGAGGGUCUUGACCGGCUGUCGUAGCGCCGCGGCGAGAGGCAGAGCCCAAAA